AUUUGUUGCUGAAAAUCCCCAUCCAUUCCCCCAAACUCGAUUGGUGGAGCCUGCGAGGUGAAUGGUGACGAAAGCGGAAGUAAACCGCGGGCCAACUUGCCUCUUGCCACACAAAUCAACUGAUCGCGUUGGCUCUUGUUAUGCUGCUGAAGUCGCUCGUCGGGAGUGGCCGCGCUCGACUCGCCGCCGCCGCCUUCAAACUCGCUCCCGUGGACGUCGAGGCCCGAGCAGCGACUGUGCUGCGCAGCCCAGUGAGGAAAGCCAAAGUUUUGGAGCAAGCCGACAUGAGGGUGGAAGUUCUGCCCGCUCUCAGUGACAACUACAUGUACCUGCUCAUCGACACGGACACCAAAGAGGCGGCGAUCGUGGACCCCGUGGAGCCCGUCAAGGUUGUGGAAGCAGUCAGAAAACAUGGCGUCAAGCUCACAACAGUCCUGACCACCCACCACCACUGGGAUCACGCCGGCGGGAACGAGAAGAUGGUGAAGCUCAUGCCCGGCCUGAAAGUCUACGGGGGAGACGAUCGCGUGGAUGCCAUCACAAAGAAAGUCUCUCACUCCAACAGUUUGAAAGUGGGCUCGCUCCACGUCAAAUGUCUGUUCACGCCGUGCCACACCACCGGCCACAUCUGCUACUACGUCACCAAAGGCGACGGACCGGAGCCGCCGGCCGUUUUUACCGGGGACACGCUCUUUGUCGCCGGCUGCGGGAAGUUCUUCGAGGGUACCGCGGAGCAGAUGUACAAAGCGUUGAUUGAGAUCCUGGGACGCCUUCCUGCCGAAACGCGAGUCUACUGUGGUCAUGAGUACACGGUCAGCAAUCUGAAGUUUGCGCGCCACGUUGAGCCAGACAACCAAGUCGUUCAGAAAAAGCUCACGUGGGCAAAGGAGCAAUGCAGCAAUGGGGACCCGACGAUCCCGUCCACUUUGGCGGAAGAAUUCACCUUUAACCCAUUUAUGAGGGUCAAAGAGAAGUCGGUGCAAGAUCACGUCAAGCGGACGGAUCCCGUCGAAGCCAUGCGGAGUCUCCGGAAAGAGAAGGACUCCUUCCGAGUGCCCAAGGAGUGACGUGACGUGCCGUGCGGCGCCGCCUGUACUCGCACGCGCUUCCGACGCCGCGCAAAGUGUUUGCGGCUCACGCCAAACUCCGACGACGUCGAGUUGUUUCCCUUCCUUCGGUGGGUUUGAUUUCAGGAAUGCACGAGUGGGCGUUUUAGAACAAUUCUGCUGAAAGCAAAAUUCACGUUUUUAUUUUCUAGCUGGGAGUUUGAAUGCAAUGAUUGAAUGGGGAAGUUGUUGCGCGCGCUGCGUUCAAUGCCUUCUUCACUCUUUAAGUGUGUCGAAAGUAAAUGGUAGGUACUUUUUUCAUGAGAACAUACCAACAGUAGCCACGCUACAUAUUGUACAUUUUGUAAUUAUUUCCUAAAGCGACCGGAUGGGUAAUUAAUUUGAAAUUAGCAUUACUUGUUGACGUCAAUCUUUCUCAUUUAUAAUUACGUGUAAAUUGAAGCGGAGAAAACGUUGAAUUUCGGGAGCGUUCCGACGCGUGUCAUCGAUGCGUCUGGCUCGAUUAAAAUGGCUUGCUGCAUGUCUGUGAUCUCGCGAGAGGUCUGACUGCGGAAAUGUAGUUUCCAACUGCUUCACGCCGGGACGCCGAUAGUUGUCAAUAAAAACGAGAGCCGGUAACAGAAACGUG